AUGCGGGCUCCGAAGCUGCCCAAGCCCCGCAAGUUCCGAACACGGAGCCGGCAGAGCCGGAGCCGGCAGAACCGCAAGAGCCGGAAGAGCCGGCAGAGCCGGAACCGGCAGCCAAGGAGAAAAAGGCAUCGAAGGGCAGAGGGUCCCAGUGCAUCGAAACUCCACGCAUCGCUGAGGCGAGGCUCACUAUCACUGCGACCCCGUGGCGGUGGCGACUGGAUGUUUGCAGGGUCAGCGCUCCGUGUUCUGGGCGACCAGUGCUUGGGCAACGACGCGGUGGACUUUCUGGAGCGCAGCAGUGCCUACCCUCAGUGCACUGCAAUUGGCCGAGAACUGCAUCAAGGGAUGACCCGGCUUGUCUUCGAGAUCGAAGCAGAGAAGUCUGAGGGGCGGUUUGCGCAGGUGGGACUGGCUUUGAUUCAGCCAGAUGAGGCGGAGGCGAAAGACUCGCCGUGCAAGAAGCUGUCGGACUUCACUCCCUUGCUCGCUUCUGUGUUCUUCACAGCGGCGGGUGACAUCUUUGGGACCCCAGGCACUGAGGUGCUAUGUCCAGGAGAUAGUGGGCAAGUGCUGUGCCGUCGAGCAGACGACUGGUGGAGCGGUGCUCCCACGUGGCUGCUGGGUGGCGACGUGCGGAGGCUGAAGAUCUUCAUGGAGGUGGAUGUCACGAGAAGCUGCGUGUCGUUCCGCUUGGCUAAGCAGGAUGCGCCGGUGGUGGUGGCCGUGCCCGGUCUCUCCGCCGGGUGGGCGCCAGCGGUCGCCAUCACUGCGGGCCAACGUGCAAGGAUCCUGGACUUGGAGCGUCUUGCUGACAGCUGA